AGAUCGCCCCGCCCUUAGCUGGCCCUACUCUUAUAUCCACGCCUCAGAAGAAUCUCAACCAAAGCAUGGCGAGUCCAGAGAAAGCAAGUACUGCAGGCCUCAUGUUCGACGUAGUGGUGAUAGGAGGCGGCAUUUCAGGGUUGGCUGCUGCCAAAUUAUUGUCUGAACAUGAUCUUAGUGUUUUGGUUUUAGAAGCCAGGGACAGAGUUGGAGGAAGAACAUACACUGUGAGGAAUGAACACGUUAAUUGGGUAGAUGUUGGUGGAGCCUAUGUGGGACCGACCCAGAACAGAAUCUUGCGCUUGUCUAAGGAGCUGGGCCUAGAAACUUACAAAGUGAACGUCAAUGAGCGUUUUGUUCAUUAUGUCAAGGGGAAAACUUAUCCAUUUCGGGGAGCAUUUCCCCCUGUAUGGAAUCCUCUUGCAUAUUUGGAUUACAACAAUCUGUGGCGGACAAUGGAUGACAUGGGAAAAGAGAUUCCAGCUGAUGCACCCUGGGAGGCCCCACAUGCCCAGGAGUGGGACAAGAUGACCAUGAAAGAUCUCAUCGAUAAAAUCUGCUGGACAAAGACUGCUAAGCAGUUUGCUACUCUGUUUGUGAAUAUCAAUGUGACCUCUGAGCCCCAUGAGGUCUCUGCUCUGUGGUUCCUGUGGUAUGUGAAGCAGUGCGGUGGCACCACUCGGAUAUUCUCAAUCACCAAUGGAGGCCAGGAACGGAAGUUUAAGGGUGGAUCCGGUCAAGUAUGUGAAAAGAUAAUGGGCCUCCUAGGUGAUGGAGUGAAGCUGAGCCGUCCUGUCACCUAUGUUGACCAAUCAGGUGACAACGUCAUUAUAGAGACACUGAAUCACGAACUCUAUGAGUGCAGAUAUGUAAUUAGUGCCAUCCCUCCAACUUUAACUGCCAAGAUCCACUUCAGACCAGAACUUCCGCCAGAGAGAACCCAAUUAAUCCAGCGCCUUCCAAUGGGGUCUGUCAUUAAGUGCAUGAUGUAUUAUAGGGAAGCCUUCUGGAAGAAAAAGGAUUACUGUGGCUGUAUGAUCAUUGAGGAUGAAGAUGCCCCAAUUUCAAUAACCCUGGAUGACACCAAACCAGAUGGAUCAGUGCCCGCCAUCAUGGGCUUCAUACUUGCCCGGAAGGCUGAUCGACUUGCUAAGCUCCAUAAGGAAAUAAGGAAGAGGAAAAUCUGUGAGCUAUAUGCCAAAGUGUUGGGAUCUCAAGAAGCUUUAGAACCGGUGCAUUAUGAAGAGAAGAACUGGUGUGAGGAGCAGUACUCUGGGGGCUGCUACACAGCCUACUUCCCCCCCGGCAUCAUGACCCAGUAUGGAAGGGUGAUUCGCCAGCCCGUGGGUAAGAUUUACUUUGCUGGCACAGAGACUGCCACACAGUGGAGCGGUUACAUGGAGGGAGCAGUCGAGGCUGGAGAACGGGCAGCUAGAGAGGUUUUGAAUGUUCUUGGGAAGGUGGCCAAGAAGGAUAUAUGGGUACAAGAACCUGAGUGUAAGGAUGUUCUAUCGGUUGAGAUCACCCAUACCUUCUUGGAGAGGAACCUGCCUUCUGUGCCUGGCCUUCUGAAGAUCAUUGGGAUUUCAACCUCUCUAACUGCCUUCUGGUUUGUGUUACAUAAGUACAAGCUACUGCCACAGUCCUGAAGUUUCUGGCUUCCAUCUUACUCGUUCUCAGCACCACCAAUCACCAUCAAAGGGAAAAUGUAAUUGAAUUAAAGGCUGUGUUAUUGGGCCAUUUAAGUGCACUUGAUUUAAACCCUCCUUAGUUUAUUCUCAGUCUGUGUUAAAGUAAAAACAACUCAAAGAAUUACCUAAUUAAUAUCCGUAAGAUCAAGUUCUAUAUUGUCUAUGUAGGCUAAUUCUUGUUAACUUUGUAGACUAAAACCUUGUGAUUGCUCUGUUGAUUUCAAGAAAUGUUCAAGAGAAGCAACUUUCUUUCUCUUACCUUUAAUGUAAAAUAUCUGAUGAUUUCAGAAACAAAUUAUUUGGUUUUCUCUCUGUAGAAGUGGAGUAAAUUAAGACCUAGCCUGUGGCAUCUUUAGGGACUGAUGAAGUGUUGGUAUAGAGCUCAGAGGCUUACAGCUUUCUAGAGUGACCAACUACCACUAUGGACCAGGAAAUUGUAAAUGAAAACAGUGUAGGGACAGGGACCUGUACGCCCUCAGACCAGGAUGGAGACAUCUUGUGGGCUGCUGCCUCAGGAAUCUCCUGACAACUUAUAAUUUCUGUGAAUUUUCUAGACAUCUAAUCUCAGCACUAUCUUAUUUGUAUGUUUUCCUCUCUUAGAGAGAAGAAUGUUUACCAAGCUAUAAUGCUUAAAUUGAUUUUCUGUGACUUUCGUGCAGCUCCCUAGAUGAGCAGAGUAAAAUAGUGACAGGGCUGCUCCCUAGGAAGUCUCCUUGACUAUCUCCAAGUAGAUUAAUGGCAAUGGGUGUCUUCCUCCUUUUGGAAUGUGGCUAGGCAUCAGUCCAUCCUUGUCAGUGAAGACUUUCUAUGCUGAUUUCAGGAAAACAUUAUUUUUUUCCACUUAGUCCCCAGCUAUCUGAAGGCCUCUUAGGGGCAUAUAUUGUUUUUUCUUAUGUUCAUAGAAGUAGAUAGAUCUCUUAACUUAUAUGACUUCAACAUAGUUAAAUGUUAGUGUGCCAGUUUAUCUAAAGUACUGAAAUAUACAUGAAAAAUCCCCGAUUAAUACUUAUUGAGACUGUCAAAUGUAGAAAGGAAAUUAAAGCUAUAUAACUUCACUUGCUUUAGUUUAGUUUUAUAACAUAAAUGAAAUUGAGUAAUUUUAUAAUAUGAAGACUAAGUUCUUUCUCUUAGGAAUAAAGUGGGCCCAGAACAGUGCCCACCUCUUCUUUUUCACAUUUGAAAGACUCAGGUUUUUAAAAGCCCCUUCCAAAGAUUUCAAACAUAAAACAUUUCCUGUUAAAAAUUUUUUUAUUUAAGGAGAGUUAAAUAUUGCUAGAGGAAACCAGCCAACCCAAAUCUAUUAGAACACUAAUUUUAUCCUAAAUGCAAACUUAAGUCUCUGGACACUGAUGUGAAGACUUAAGGUUUUCCAAUGUUUGCUUAAUCCUAAGAGCAAAGAGCUGGAUUUUUCUGCCACUUUUUAUCUUGAAGUUCAAAGGCAUUUUAGCUAACUUAAAUUUUGAAUAUGUUCCAGUAUAUGUGGAAUUGCUGUGUCAUAUCAAACUGCUGUGAGAAAUCCAAUCCCUAAUCUCUUGCAGUUGUUUCUGUUCACUUACUGAUUAACUCAGUCUUGACAUGCCUUGAGAAACAUCAGUUUAAACUUCUGAACCAACAACAGUUUUAACAGUAAUCACAUUGUUUUCAUAUUGAAGUCUUGGAUUUUGGAGACCUCCUGAGGGUGCAGUUUCCCCUCUUCUCCAAGUUUUUAGAAAACCAAUGAAUUCAUCCUAAUUAGAUCCCUCUUAAGCAAGAUUUGGUAUCAAAAUGAAUGCCAGUCCAGAUGUACCUAGACAUGAAAUUAGAGCUCAGAACACCCACCAUGUGUGAGCUUAACCCCCACAAAGAUACCAUAGGUCUUUUCUCUGAACCAGAGAAACAAAAGUCAUCUUCAGAGGCUUAUAGACUCUGGCUCUAUUGAGGCAUCUCCUUCACAGAUCUGAAGUCUAUGGCCCCAUUCCACAGUUAGGUUGAGAAUUAGAUUUUUAAAACCCACCUAUUUGUCACAAUUAACUGCUAAGAAAGGUCUCAUAUUCCACUGAAGAAAAAACUUGAACAGUUGUGAAGUUUGUAUCAUUUGAUUGUGAGCAUAGUGCCUACUGUUCCAUAUCUGAAAUUUGCCCCCGUGCUACAUGUGGGAGUAUGCAUGUUUGUGUGAUUUGCCAUUGAAAUAAAGAUGUUGCCUUUGUGAUACUGUUUUGUUUGUUAAUAAAGUGCACUACUUCCCCUGA